AUGGCUCAAGCUUCCAUUCCUAUACGACAUGGUACUAUUCUGUUGCUCGUACAAACUCCAAAGGGAUAUCGUGUGUAUUCGCUCCAUGGCUCGCGCAAGGAAUACGUCUUUACAGAACCGCUGUUGGGUAUGUUGGCACGAAGGCGAAGACUGUCCUUGUUAUCUUACAUUGAGUUUAUGGUAGUUUAUGCACGUUGGAUGGUGCAUUGGAUUUACAAAGCAAGACCUGUUGCUUACAAUGAGACAGCAGCAGCACAAUAUGGAUGGCAUGGAGAUAGAGUUGUUCGAUGCAAAGAUGCUAUUGAGAAAUACCUCAUGAAUGGGCUCGGCUACAUUAUUAUGACACAACGAGAUCCAACGAGGAUACUGGUGGAGAUAGGCAAUAUCCAUGGCAAGAAGGUGCAACAGGAUUCAUUGUGGAAUCCCCGUCCCCUUGCAGUUGUGUUUCCGUACAGCAAGAGCACAGUGGCAGGAUCAUUAAGACUUUCGACCAAGCAUCCUGAUUUAUGCAAGCUAAAGCCGUCAUUGGACAAACGACCUAUCAAGCUUGGAUGGAGCUGUCAAAAGGACUGGUGGAGCAGAUGCGUUGAUCUUAAGCAAAGGAUGCCGAUUUGA